AUUCAGCACUCUGGCAAUUGGCAUACCCUUCACUCUGUUGUGUUGUAUUGUCUGCAAAAUUGCAUUGCACAAAUCCACAAACAAACAUGGAGAACAAAUGCUCCCAUCCCCCUAAAAUUGCUGUUAAUCUCAAACACCUUCCACCUAUCGACCCAUUUCGAAUCACCAACUCUGUCUCCAAGUUGAACAAAUCUUGUACCAGAGCUCCUCCCAAAUUCGUUAAGCCAAGCCCCAAUCAGGAAAUAGAGCUGCUUCAUUCUGAUAAAGGCUUCGAUAAAAUUCCCAUCUUGGGAAACGUUGUCGUUGAAGAGGCAUCUUCGAUUUCAUCUAACAAAAAGAAUGAGACUUGUGGGAACAAAAUCCCUCCAACUCAGACACACUCUGCACAUCAAGGCAUGAAGAAAGGAAUUGCUAGGUCAAAUUUGUACGAGACUUGUGCUGCAAAACAUUGGAAGCCCCCAACAUUUGAAUGUUGCAAAGAGGAAGGCCCUAGUCAUCAAAGAAUGUUCACAUUCAAGGCUAUCAUUGAGAUAGAAGAAACAUCAAGAAAUAUAAUAGAGUGCUAUGGUGCCCCUCAUCAAAAAAAGAAAGCAGCGGCAGACCACGCAGCUGAGGGAGCAUUAUGUGAUGCUCUCUAGACUUGGUUGCCAAUGCUCUGAAGACCAUACAUUCUUUGGAGAGCCUCUUAAUCCAGUCCCUGUUAAAUCUUGUGUUCUCUUCCUGGUUGGUACAUCGCUGUCAC